AUGGACGAAUUAGACUAUGAAACCCUAUGGGAGCAGGCAACAUCCCACUGCGAACAGUUUCAGCAGCUCGGAACACUGACUGAUCUUGAAAAGGCAAUCGGGGCAUGUUACGGUACCAGGUUUCAGGGGCUCGGAGACUUUGACGACCUGAAAAAAUCGAUCGAAUGCUCUGUUCGUGCGCUAGAUCUGACUCCUGAUGAUGAUCCUGGUUUACCAGUGCAGCUGGGUAAUUUAGCUGUAUCAUACAUUGGGCGAUAUCACCAAGAGGAUCCGCCAGACCGUCAUGCUGCCCUAGGAUCCUUAUAUACCGAGCGAUAUCGACAAAGGAAGGAGUUUGAUGACCUCGAAAAAUCGAUCAAACACUGUUCUCGCGCACUUGCACUCACUCCCGAGGGCCAUCCAAAACUGUCCGAUCGGCAUGCGGAUCUAGCCGCAGCAUACAACGAAAAGUUUCGGCGUACAAGAGAACUCGAACAUCUCGAGAAAUCAAUCGAACACGGCUCUCGCGCGCUCGCACUCACUCUCGACGGCCAUCCCAAAUUAUCUGAUUGGCAUGGUAAUCUGGGGGUGCUGUAUAACGACAGUUAUCGAUACACAGGAAGGCUAGACGAGCUUGAAAAGUCAAUCGAGCAUUGUGAUCAUGCACUCGCGCUCACUACAGACGGCGACCCCAACUUAUCAGACUGGCACAGCACCCUAGGAAAAGUCGAUCGAACAUUCUUCCUGCGCACUCGCGCUCACUCCCAAUGGCAUCCGCAUUUGCACUAUCGGCAUUUUGAACUAGGGGUAUCCUAUGUCGAUCGGUAUCGCCGGGUAGGAGAAGUUCUCGACCUCGAGAAAGCGGUAGAACACUGCUCUUGCGCACUCGCACUUACUCCCGAGGGCCACCCGGACCUGCCAGGACGCCAUUCUUAUCUAGGGACUUCGUAUGGGAUUCGAUAUGGGCGUCUAGGAAGACUCGAGGACGUCGAGAAAGCCAUCGAACACUUUUCCAGUGCACUUGCACUCACUCCCAACGGGCACGCAGAGUUGCCAGACCGGCAUGCUGCUCUAGGCGUCUCAUACGGUGAUCGAUAUAGGCGCACGGGAGAGCUCGACGAACUCGACAAAUCAAUUGAGCACAGAUCUCGUGCGCUCGAACUUACUCCCGAUGACCACCCGGGUCUUCCACGCCGACAUGCUGAUCUAGGAGUGUCAUACACUGAUCGAUAUCGACGCAUGGGAGAAAUCGACGACCUCGAAAAAGCCAUCGAAUGCGACUCUUGUGCACUUGCGCUCACCUUUGAUAUCGACCCAGACUUGCCGCGCCGACAUGCUGCUCUUGGACGGUCAUAUAGGCAUCGAUAUGACCGCACGAGAGAUUUAGCUGACCUUGAGAAUAUCAUCAAGCACGACUCUCGUGCGCUUGCUCUCACUCCUGAAGACCACCCGGACCUAGCAGACAGACAUAAUGCUCUUGGGUUGGCAUAUAGCGAUCUCUAUCGGCACGUGGGAGGACUCGAAGACCUCGAGAGGUCGAUUCAACACUUCUCUCGGGCGUUUUCACUCACUCUGAGAGACCAUCCCGAUCUGCCACACCGCCAUGCCGCUCUGGGUAUGUCAUACGAGGAUCGAUAUCUACGUAUGGGACAAAAGGAGGACCUCGAGAAAUCGAAUGAACACUUGUCUCUUGCGCUUGCACUCACUACAGAAGGCCAUCCAGAUUUGCCCUUGCGACACUGUCAAAAGGCCAUAUCCUGCCACCUCCAAUAUCAACGUACACACGACUCGUCUUAUUUGGACUCCUCCCUCGCUUCCUUCCGUAAGGCCUCUCAGCUUUCGAGUGGAGGGCCACGCGGUGUCUUUGAUUAUGCUCUACGCUGGGCGAAUCUUGCAUCUAUGCAUGAAUAUCUCAACCCGUUUGAAGCGUUCCGAGUCACAAUCGAUCUUCUGCCUCAUUUCAUUUGGCUUGGCGCCACUACCACCCAGCGUUACGAGGACCUGUUACUGGCCGAAAACAUAGCAGUCCGAGCCGCCUCUGCUGCCAUCCAGUCCUCUGAAUAUGAUAUAGCACUCGAAUGGCUCGAGCAUGCCCGAUGUGUUGUGUGGAACCAGACCCUUAUGCUUCGAUCUCCUCUGGACGAUCUUGCGGAAUCCCACCCGGCGCUCGCCGCCCAGCUUCAGUCAGUCUCCAAUCAGUUGAAUCUCGCCAAUUCCAGGUCUCCGACAUCAGAUUCAGGCUUUGAGCCUCCAGAAAUUCGACAUCGUUUGGCCAGGGAAUAUGAGGGCCUCUUGUCACAAACACGCACGUUGCCCGGGUUCGAGAACUUCCUCCAGCCGACAAAAGUCAACGACCUGAUGCGCUCUGCUCGGAACGGCCCCGUUGUUGUCAUCAACUGCCAUGAAACUCGUUGCGAUGCACUUAUAAUAAUGCCUGGCGAAGACCACGUCCGCCAUAUUGCUCUUGCCAGCCUUACUGAGCAGAAAAUGCGAGACACUUGCUCAGAAAUGGAGAAAUUGCUACAAUUCCAGGGACUUCGACAGCGCGGACCCAGGCGUCCAUUACAGGAGCAAGUACAAGACGUUGGUCCCAUACUUGCCGUUCUUUGGUACGACAUUGUCAAGCCCGUACUUGAUCACCUGGGAUACACGAACAAUGAUUCUACAGAAAAUCUUCCGCAUAUAACAUGGUGCCCUACUGGUGCAGUCUCAUUCCUUCCGUUACAUGCCGCCGGGGACUAUGAACAACCACGGUCAAGAGUGUUCGACUAUGCUAUAUCUUCCUACACCCCAACGCUUGCUGCUCUACUCUCGUCUACUCCGACCGCACCGAAUCGCACCCCUCGAGUACUUGCUAUUGGCCAAACAGGCACACCUGGCUGUACUCCAUUGCCUGGCACUAAUACGGAGCUUUCGCAUGUCAAGGCUCGUAUGGAAGGUAAAGCAGAGUACUCACAACUCAUCGACGAUCAAGCCACUACCCAAGUCGUACUUGACGCGAUGGAACAGCACGACUGGGUUCAUCUCGCUUGCCACGCUCACCAAAGCGCCGCCGAUCCAACCAGCAGUGGAUUCUUCCUGCACGACGGCACCCUAGACCUCGUUGCCAUCAACCGGCGAUCGUUCAAGAACAAGGGACUCGCAUUUCUGUCCGCCUGCCAGACUGCCACGGGCGACGAACAACUGCCGGACGAAGCGAUCCAUCUUGCGUCUGGGAUGCUGAUGGCUGGGUAUCCGAGCGUAAUCGCGACCAUGUGGUCCGUGAUGGACGAGGACGCGCCGUUUGUAGCGGACAGGGUGUAUGCACAGCUGAUGGAGAGUGGUAUGAUAGGAAAUGGAGAGGCCGGGAGGGCGUUGCAUGGUGCUGUUGCGGCGCUUCGCAAUGAGGUCGGGGAGAAGAACUUUGCGCGAUGGGUGCCGUAUAUUCAUAUAGGCUCGUAG